AUGCCUCACCAAAUGAAAGGAAAACAAAAAAUUUCACCUAAAACACCAUAUAAAUAUACACAAUACCUGACUAAUUAUUGUAGUAAAUUUUCAAAAGAUAACUAUAAUUUUAAUAAAAUAAUAAUGAAUGAUGUUGACUAUGUAAAUACACUUUGUGAUAAUUUUUCUAAUAUGCUUAAAAAAAAAGUAUCCAACAUUAACAAUAAAAACUAA